CUCCGAAGCCGCCCAGAGAUCGGGCCACAGGGCUUUGGAGGACUUGGGUCAGCUCUGCUAAGGGGGUGUCUGCCCAGCGCUUCCUGGAUCCACAGCCCCCCGGGGUUGGGCAGGGGGUCUGGGCAGGGCUGCAGCAGAUACAGCCAAGGCUUGGGAAGGCCCUCGUGGGCUGGGAGGAGCUACAGAGGCCCCUGCCAGCCUGUCACAGGCUCUCAGUGCUGACAUUGGCUCUGGCUUUCACACACACACACACACACACACACACACACACACACACUCACACACACUCGCACACACUGGCAGGCACCCCCUUGGUGGCCUCCACGUUCUCACCUUCAGACUUACAGGUCCUGCCUCCCAGGCUCAAAGCUGGCUCCGUGGGGGACACAGUGACAUGAGAGGCACACCACAGACCCACCUCCUGGCCUUCUCCUUCCUCUGCCUCCUCUCUAAGGUGUGUGCCCAGCUGUGCCCAAUGCCGUGUACCUGCCCCUGGCCGCCGCCCCAAUGCCCACCGGGGGUGCCCCUGGUGCUGGACGGCUGCAACUGCUGCCGACUAUGUGCACGGCGGCUCGGGGAGCCCUGUGACCACCUCCACGUCUGUGACUCCAGCCAGGGCCUGGUGUGCCAGCGCGGGGCGGGCCCUGGAGGCCAGGGGGCCGUGUGCCUCUGGGGAGAGGAUGACGGGAGCUGUGAGGUGAACGGCCGCCGGUUCCGGGAUGGGGAGGCCUUCCAGCCGCACUGCAGGAUCCGCUGCCGCUGCGAGGAUGGCGGCUUCACCUGCGUGCCCCUGUGCAGCGAGGACGUCCGGCUGCCCAGCUGGGACUGCCCGCACCCCCGGAGGGUGGAGGUGCCGGGCAAGUGCUGCCCUGAGUGGGUGUGCGACCAGGCAGGGGCGCUGGGGGGCCAGCCCCUCCUGGCCCCAGGACCUCAGGCUGCUGGCCUUGUCGCUCCCCCGCCUCCUGGGGCGCCCUGCCCAGAAUGGAGCACAGCCUGGGGCCCCUGCUCGGCCACCUGCGGGCUAGGCGUGACCACCCGCGUGUCCAACCAGAACCGCUUCUGUAGACUGGAGACCCAGCGCCGCCUGUGCCUGCCUGGGCCCUGCCCACCUGCCGGGGGCCACAACCCCCUACUCAGUGCCUUUUAGAGCUGGCCCAGCGGGCAGCCAUCCAGCCCCGGUACUCCCUCUGGGCCCUGGAGGACAAGAAUGUCACAGCAGCCUGGGCCCUCUGGACCCUGAGAUAGACCGGGGAUGCAUGCCUUCGUCCUGUUCCCUCUAACUCCCAGCCUGG